AUAUUAACAGAUAAAGUCGUGUCAAUGGAGGAAACAAGCUUUCUGAAGUCGGCUGACUAGACGAAUACAGAAGGUCGAUUACCCAGUCUUAGAAACUGACUCGUUGCUAUCCAGCGCAGCUUUCGGUCCUGAACGAUGUCUUCAUUGCAGUGAAUUCCCUUUUUCUCAUAGACGGCGAAAGCCGCCUUGUCGGUGGCGAGUCAUGUUUUAAACCAGGCCAGUCUGGCCGCAGACGAGACCUCCAAGAGGAAUGUGAAGUAUUCCUCUUGGACGAUGAAAACAUGCAAUCGCCCGCCAAAAGAAGCAGAACUUCAUUCAAAAACCUCCGUUUUCCUUUUUUCUGGGUUAGCUGUCUACUUCUUGGGCUGUCGACUUGGCUCCAUUUCAACCCAGCAGGACCAUCGGACUUGGCCUGUGCUAGAAAGCUCAACGUUUUGUCACCCGUUCAAGAUGCUUUAGAAUUUGAAGAUGUCCAGUUUGACAAUGGCUUCUGGAAGUCCAGCCCUUACAAGGGAAGGCCAACUCCGGAACUUGAAGCCAGAUGGAAGGAUCUGUGGUACUACGGAUCAUUUGACUUAUCAGAUGAAUACUUACCGGCAUUGAACAAGACACCGCAUGGUGUCGGCGGUGACUCCUGGGCACGCACGAAGCCAGGCUAUCUCUUAGCUGGCCUCGAAGUUUUCCACAACCUCCAUUGCUUGAACCUCGUACGUCAGUUUGUGCACAGAACCGACUUCGAUUAUAGCGAUGAUCCGGCCUUUCACGGUGGAGAGGAUCUUGUGCUUGCCCAUGUUGAUCAUUGCAUUGAGGCAUUGCGUAUACGGCUGCAAUGCUCGGCCGAUGUUACCCCGUUCUUACACACGAAUGGCUCUCGAGGCAUCCAGCCAGACUUCAACUCCCAGCAUAGGUGCCCUAAGUAUGAUCGCAUCGUUGACUGGGCGAAAGAACGGCAGAUCAUGGUGGAUACUCCGAAGCACGAAUAGUCACUACAUG